UGCAAUUGCAGAUGAUCUAUGCCUGUGAAGGGCGCUCAGGGCUCGAGUGAAAUAUAUAUUUGGCUGGAGGUCUCGUCACCUCCCCCCCAAACCAUGAAUGGAGAAUAAUAAAUAAUUAACGCACCCCACAAUUGCGAGAUAAAAUUGGUCGGAGGUCUCGUCUGCGGGUGCCCGAGACAGAAAAACAUGAACAGAUACAUGCAUCCCAGUGCCGCAGACAGGAAGUGGCUGUAGCCACCUCUCCCCGAAAUGUCGAGGCCGCCAAACCGUGAAUGAAUAAUGAAAAAUAUUUAACGCUCUCCACAGUGGCAUUCUGCCACCUAACCCCCAGAUACUGAAUUUAAUGAAAAUCAGCAGCUGAGACACGGCCUGUCCCCCAGAGCAUGUCUGCACCGAGGGGACGGGUCGUGCCUCUCAAACCCGACCACGCACGCCGCAGAACUACAUACGAACCGCUCAGCACUCAGUACUAGCUAUGCCGGUGGAAAACAUCUACGAUAUGGUUCCUGCAUCAGACCAGAAUAUCUACUGUAACAUCCCACCAAGGGAGAAACAGCAUGGAAAGCACACAGUAAACACGACUGUGAAGAAAGCCAGUUCCUGCAAGUGGGCUGCUGUGGGUUUUGCUGUGCUGUGGAUCCUCUCCCUGUCCGUCCUCCUGGGCGUGACCUUUCACAGGAAUGCAGAGUAUGCCAGCCUCUUUCAAAAGUAUUCUGACCUGCAGAAACACCUACAGAACUAUACAGACAUGACAGUUCACAGGAAUGCAGAGUAUGCCAGCCUCUUUCAAAAGUAUUCUGACCUGCAGAAUCACCUGAAGAAGGAUACCAACAUGACAGAAAACUACACAGCUGUGUGGAAGUGGAUCCUCGGUGCUGCAGUUGAUGUGACUCUGGACCCUGACACAGCGCAUCCCAAACUCAUCCUGUCUGAGGAAGGGAAGCAAGUGAGUCUUGGAGACACACUACAGGAUCUCCCUGACAAUCCAAAGAGAUUUGAUCCUGUUGUCAUUGUCCUGGGCAGACAGGGCUUCACCUCAGGGAGACAUUACUGGCAGGUGGAGGUGGGGGACAAGCCUGGGUGGGAGUUAGGGGUGGCCAGAGAAUCCAUCACCCGGAAGGGGAAGAUUACACUGACUCCUAAGAAUGGUUACUGGACUAUGUGGCUGAGGGAUGGUGAGUACUUGGCUCUGGCUGACCCCUCUACCCGCCUCCCCCUGAGCCUGAAGCCCUGGAAGGUGGGGGUGUAUCUGGAUUAUGAGGAAGGGCAGGUCUCCUUUUACAAUGUGGAGACCAGAUCUCACAUCUACACCUUCACUGACACCUUCACUGAGAAGCUCUAUCCAUUCUUCUGCCCUUCUGUUAAUACAGAUGGUAAAAACGCAGCCCCGCUGAUCAUCCUCCCUGUCAGUGAUAGAGAUUGAGUAAAGUGGUGUAUCUGUAUGACAGCCUAUACCAGCACUGAUAAUCCUGUUCACUGCAUUAUUACUUGCCCACCUCUUUCUUUGUCUACCUGUAAUUGUUUUACCGAUUGGCACUGUCAGUAAUUAUGAGCUUGACAAAACUAUGGGAGCGCCCGUCACAUUUAACACACCCCUGUGACUUGCGCACAUGGACUAUUCCUCACAUGCCUGAUUCAGUUGUGUGGCACCAGCUGCCUCAUUGCUGGGCUCAGCCUCAUCACGACCCCCCUUGCAUUGCAAUGAACAUCUUUCAGUUGUGGUGGUGUUAUUUUUUUUUUAUUCAUCUUUUUGCAAGAGUUGCAUUGAUUCCUUUGUGCUAACAUGACACUGGAUUGCAGUCAAAAUCACAUGUAGAUUUAGAUGCUUAUUUUUAGAUGCUUGAGUUUUUUUGAAAUGUAUAUUAAAGGGUUGCUUCACACCAUCUGCGAAUGACAUCAGUGAGCAAAAACAACAAUAGAGAAUGCUAGAGAGCAAACUAUGAUAUUAAACAGGUCCAGAACGAACCAGGUAGAGGAGGAGUGCCAGGAUCCCUUUACAAUAUGUAUCAAUGUUGCUUAUUUAGAUGCUCAUGCAAGUAGGGUUAAGAUCUUUUAACUUUCUAUACCAGAGCCCUUGCUUUUAGAAACAUGGACUUGGUCAGAUCACACUGUUUUGAGUUCAUGUGGCUGAAGCAGAUUAAGCUCCAGGUUUUUGUAAUCUCUGCUCCAUUAAUAAAUAUUUUAAUUUCUAAUGAAA